CAUUUCUGUCUCAAGUGAAAUUCAAUAAAUUUUGUUGAAUUUCGAAGUUUCGUUUUUUGAAAUGUAUUCUUUGGUUUUGCGCAUAAUGAAGAGCAAAAUAGACUUCACGUCAGCUAUUUUUCUUUGGUUGCCUGUAAACUCUUUCGUCAGCUGAGUGUAUAGUAAAUAAAUAAAACUAAAACGGUGAAUUGCUGUUGCAGACAAUCCGUAAACAUUUAUAAUUUAUAUUAAAAGAGUAAAGCAGAAAUGAUGAUGCCAUCAAUAAGUACGAUUGUGGCCAGUGUUUUUAUCGCUUUCAUCUGCCAUUCUAUUUGGAUGAUGUCCGAACUUUUUACUAAACUUAAGUGCUCUGAGGAGCCGUGCUACAUCUCGUUCUUGUCGGGAAAGCCUCGCUUACAAUUAGCGCUUUUUACAUCAACGAGUUCAAAUCCAAUUUCAACAGAAGUAACAAAAAUUUUCAGCUCAAAUAAUUUUGAUUAUUGGCAUCCAUUUAAUCAUGAUUUUAACCUGGACAUUCCACUCAAAACUCGACGAAACGGUACACUUUAUAUGCAAGUUGUAUUAGCUUUGGAGGGUGAACCUUUGGAAUGGAAAUCUCUUCGUAGGGAUGGUCCUACAAUUAUUCACAGCAUGAGAAUAACUGAAUAUAUGGUACCUCAAGUAACUGCAUUUAAUUUGCUUGGUGAACAAGAUCACACAGUGAAAGCAGAAAAAUUGGCUAAAGGCAACGCUAACUCAUCGCUGAAACCAAUCACUCAUAUUAUGCCGAGUGUGCAUGUAGCCUUACUUACAGACAUAUUUUCUUUAUCACCAAAAGACGUUGCGCCAGAGAUGGCAAAUUUAAUACAUGUUAAUCGAAAUCGGCAGGUGUUACCGAUAAUGAAGACUGAUUUCUUUAAUUCGUAUCAAAAAGACCUGGUUAAAGUUACUAAAAAUACGACGGAAUUUGCUCUUACCUUUCACUUCAAACCCAUUGGCAUUGGUAAAUUACGUUUGUUGUUAAUAUUUGAACAUGCUAUGAAUAUGAUGCAAUCAAUUGGGCUUUCCAAAAGUGACAUUGAUGAUGUCAAAAACAUGUUUUCUGAUACGAAUAUGUAUUUAUUAUGUAGUACAAUGUUGGUGGCAAGUAUACAUCUGCUCUUCGACAUAUUAGCUUUUAAAAAUGAAGUUCAUUUUUGGCGGAAAAAGGAGUCUUAUGAAGGAUUGUCUAAACGAACUAUUUUGUGGCGUGCAUUUUCACAAGUAAUUAUUUUAUUGUAUUUGCUAGAUGAAAAAACAUCGCUUCUCGUACUUUUGCCAGCCGGCACCUCAGUAUUACUUGAAAUGUGGAAGUGUAAAAAAAUAUUUAAAAUUAUUUUAAAUUUUAGAGGCAUAAGUAGGCAACAAUAUGAAGACAAGUCCAGUGCAGUUGAAGGGUCUGCCGAAAAAAAAACCGAAGAAUUUGAUAAAGAAGGCAUGAAGUAUUUAAGUUAUUUAUUAUAUCCACUGUGUAUUGGGGGAGCAAUAUACUCUCUUUUAUAUCAACCACAUAAAAGUUGGUAUUCGUGGACACUGCAUUCACUUGUGAACGGAGUUUAUGCGUUUGGGUUUUUAUUUAUGUUGCCCCAACUUUUUAUAAAUUAUAAAUUGAAAUCUGUAGCUGCAUUACCUUGGCGUGCGUUCACAUAUAAAGCAUUCAAUACCUUCAUAGACGAUUUCUUCGCUUUUAUAAUAACUAUGCCUACUGCUCAUCGGGUUGCAUGUUUACGUGAUGAUGUUGUGUUUCUAAUUUAUCUUUAUCAACGUUGGUUGUAUCCAGUUGAUAAAAAUCGGAUUGAUUCCGAAAUAUGUAUUGAAAACACAACUGAGACUGAAGUAUCAUUGAAUAAUGAUGACAUAAAGACAAAAAAAGAUAAAUAAGUACAUUCCAAUAUUUAAUUAUUAUUUUAUUUAAGAUAAAAUAUUUAUUAAUAUGGUAUAUUUCUGAUUUAAGAAUCCUAUGUAUGCAUAACUAUUUAUUUCAAGUUCGAUAUGCAGUUUUUAUUUUUUUAUAUGUAAAAUGAUGGUCCUUAGUCAAGAAUUAAGUGAUUCUUACUACAAUAUAAAUGUAAUUUGGGAGCUUUCCAUAUAAAAAUAAAUCAAAUUUUAUUUAAACAAAAAUUUUGCUCCAAGUUGUUGUUAUUGUAGUAGUAACCCACUGGAGUAAGCAAAUAAGCAAAUAAUAUGAAAGGAUAUACAAGACGUUUACAUUAAACUUACAGUCAAGCGUUUUAGUUUCGAAGUUAUGAGUGAAGUUUAAAAGAAGUCAUGUUCCGCCUAAUGUCAUCAUUGCGCAUUUGGUCCCGACAAGUGAAGACAGCUAUUGAGCGCAGAGUGUGCAUUUGAGUCUUUUCAUACGAUGGCUCACGCUCACGAGCGAGCCCAAUUUCAGAGCUCACGCUCGUGAGCAAGAGUGCGAACUGAGGCUCAUGAGACCUCAUGCGCUGCUUACAAGAAGGUGCUACAUUGGGGUGCCAUUAAGGUAUAUGGGCAAUUUUUUUUUAGAAAAAUUGGUUGACGGCAGCUCCCA